CAAAGCAACUUUUUGGAAUAAGUAGUAGCGAUGAGGAUAUUGCUGUAGAUAAUAAUGAUCCACAUCCUUCGACCAGUUCUAUUGAAAACUUAGGACUACAAGCCAGAUUACCAGUAAACAUUGAACGUCAGUUUCCUACUCCUCCACCUGUAUUGUUGAAAUCUGCUACAAAGAGAACAUUUAAUUCAAUAUCAACUUUGUCACCUUCUACAUCAAGCUCUAGAGCUGUUAUGAGUACUCUAGUUGAAGGUGAUAAGUCUUCUAAACCUGUAUGUCCUUUAAUUGGUACACGUUACAGUAAAAACGAACACCGAUACUCUUCAUCAGACCUGUGUUUCAUUUCUGCCGAUUUAAUGAAACUAAGGAAUACUGUUUCUUAUAUUAAACAUCAUCUCAUUGAUAAUAAGGAUACAACUGAUGAUAAAAAAAUUGUAGUAGUAUCUAAUUAUGAAAUGGACAAUAUAUUUCCAAUAAAAAGUGAAGAUGGUCUUAAGAUGUUAGAAAACAAACUUGAAGAUAUUGAAUAUUUUCAUAAACUGGUGUCCACAAUUGCAUUUACAAUUGGUGGGAUAAAGAGUUUAUCCAAAAUGACAACAUCAACAAUGAGGAUAAUGUUUUCAGAUGAAUUUAUUGCAGAUUAUAGUUGGAAGUGGCAAAAAAAAAAAAGUCUUGAAGCAAGUCCAAUUCACAAAGUCAUAAUAAGUAGGCAAUAUUCAUAUCAAUUAUUUUUUAUUAUUCACAAUUUUAAUAUUUAUGAACAAGUUUCACAUCCUUGA